UUGGCAUUUCUAUUUUCGAAAACACUCUGUACAAUGUACGAAUACAUCGACGUAUCUUUAAGUUACUCUUUACAUUUGACAGGAAGUACGUAUGUUUAGAAAAUGAAUAUUCACCCGGUCUAUUCUGCCCCGGGCCGUCUAAGUUCGACGUUUGAUAAUUCUCAUUUUAAAGUACAACAUGUGAGUCCGCAGUUUCAUUCCAACCUCCGUUCACUUCGGUGUCUCUUAUUCUCAAUGGGGAGGGAAAAAAUACAAUGUGGUCAGGCCUACCUGAACACCGAUUACUUCAUGGCUUGGGAACCCUCAAGGCAGUCCAAAACCAUCGAGAUCCUCUUGCAGGGGGAUGAAUCACUGUUUGACCAGGAUUGUCGAGAUUUGUGGGAGAACUUCGGCGCCAAAAAUCAUUUUUCGAUUGUCACAUCGCACAAGAAAUUUAUCAGCAAAGUGUAUCAACGAUUCCGAAAAUGCUUUCCAAAUGUACUCGAGGAGCAAAUAGUUCACCAUGACGAUACCAAGUUCAGUUUCAUCGAAGUCGUUGGUUACACGGACCGAUGGGUGUGGCAAAGAAAUGACACGGAAAUCUGGAGACAAGCUGUGGAACACCAUUUCCAGAACAGUCCUCACCACCCACAAUACCAUUCAGCGAGCUCAGAGGUCAAAUUCUCUUUCGCUAACAAGAAAGAUAUGAAAUUUGUGGACAUGCCCAUUGCCGAUCUGGAGGAGAGCAUUAUUGACAUGUUGGCUUGCGAGUGGGAGAGAGGUUUGGCCGGAUCAGCCACAGCAACGAGCUCGGAGUUGGCCACGAUUAGCCCGGCUUAUCUAAAACGGUACACAAAGGCGGAUCGAGAACGAGUUUGUGGUUAUUUGAACGAGAUUGACACCUCUGGCCUUUGAGCCAACUUUGCAUUUGGGUUCAUUAACAAGCUCUCGACUGAAACAGUUUGGCCUAUGAUAACAGACUGAAAUAUACAAACAAUUGAUUUCCAUACUUGAUUU